AUGGCAACUGAUACAGUACCAACUACUCAUCCAGCCAGCAUUAGAUGUAAUCCAUCCUCAUCAUCACACAUCCUGGAUGAUCCUCCAGGACCUCCAACUCCACUCCAACAACAACAGUUACAACAGCAACAGUUACAACUACAACAUCAACAACAUUGUACAAAGUAUUUCACAUAUGGCAUCAGUACUAGUACUAGCUGUGGUGGAGGAGGCGGAGAUGUAUGGUCUAGCAUCAACCUCAAAGAUGGUAAUAAUGUAUUGGACAACAAGGACAUGGACAUGGACAAGGACAACAUUAUCAGAUGUGACCAUAUGUCCAAUAUACCAUUCGAGUUGAUGCUCCAGAUAUUAUCACUACUCAAUCCAUUGGAUGUCAUCUGUUCCAUUGGCCGCGUCUCCAAGCUACUCUACAGAUGUUCACGAAACAACACACUCUGGAGAGAGUUGAUCAUCAAACAACUCAAUGAAUCAAGCUCAGCCAACACUGCCUCAUCCACAUCAUCAUCAUCCACUUCAUCUUCAUCUUCCAUAUCCACAUCCAGUACCAAUACCAGCACCAGUCCAUCAAGACAGCAUGUCAGUCUUGUAAAAUCAUUCCAACAACUUCGUGUUGGCGAGUCGUCACCGAUCACGCUACUGAGUCAGCUGGUACCAAACUGGCAACAAGUCAAUUGGCUACAAUACUAUGCCGAAAGGUUGAUGUUAAGGGAGCCUGAUUCAAUGCAGUGGGUGUCGCCUCUCAACGAGAGGAUCAAACAGAAUGAGUUGUUGAAUCGCUAUCGACACAGCUCGACCUCAUUACUUGAUCACAAAGGAAAGAACAAGUUCAUUAUAAUAGGUGGCAACAGUCCAGAGAUAACAACUGUCAAGUCGGACAUUAUAAUCUUUGAUCCAGAGACAUUCACGAUCACUCAACCACUGAUCAAGAAGGCGACUACAUUGGCGGAGGAUAUCCAGCCAGAGGUGGAUCAGCCCCAGCAGCAACAGCAGACGAUCACAAUGGGCGAGAUGGACAUUGGACUAAGUCGACACACGGCAAACUACAUUGAGGAUGUUGGAAUAUUCGUAUUUGGAGGUUCACGCAUCCAACCAUGUAAGCGCGAGUGUUCAUUCUUGUCAUUGUCAAGCCAUUCGGUCAAGUCCAAUCAGAUGGACCUGCUAGUCUACAAUCCAGUCGAGUCGGAUAUCUUGUGGAAACCUCUGCUGGCGGUCAAGGGCACACCGCCCUCUCCACGAUCAGAUCAUUCAUCCGCAUCAAUAGGCAAGGAUAUCUAUUAUUUCGGAGGAUCGGACGAUUCGGUACGACCCUUGAAUGACCUCUACGUGUUUCAUACCGAGCAGCUGACCUGGGAGAAGAUCAACACUACCGGCGACACCCCGGCGCCUCGCUCCGGACACUCAAUGAUCGCCAUUGGCAAAUCAAUCUAUGUCUAUGGCGGUGGUGUCUGGGACAAGAAGAAGUGUUGGGUCAAUCGCAACAGUCAGCUGUUUCAUUUAGAUACUGAAACAUGGAUAUGGUCAGAGAUCAAGUGUUAUAGACCACCAUCAUUGUCUACAUUCUCAUCAAUCUUUGCUGUUGGACAUCAUAUAUUCAUCUUGUUUGGUGGCAGUAGCAAUGGAUUGAAUACCAAUUGUAGCUACUACUUUGACACCGUUGCCAACUUAUGGCAUCCACUCAAGACAAAGAACACUCCAUCACUCAAGAACUCUGCCUCGCUCUGUAUCAUAGGACAUCGAGUCUACUUUAUUGGAGGCACAAGGAAGUCAAACUACAUUGAAGUAUUGGAGAUGGACUGGGUAAGACAGCUAAGGAGGAGUAACUCCUUUGACAUCAACAUGAUCAGUCCAUAG